AUGAGCUCGUCAGGCCGACACUUUCCGAACGACAAGCCCCCAUCCCGGCGCGCCGACGCCCAUCAAGAACUCCUGGCCUCCCUUACGCGCAUCAACGCCUAUAACCCGCCGGUCCAAACAUGUUCGACCGGGUGGACAUUUCACGGUCUCUACUAUGGCCCUACGUCCGUCGCCUACUUGUUCUUCCGCCUCUCUCAGUUAUACCCAGACCUCACAUUUAAAGGUCAGUCACUCCUGGACUGGGCACAGGCAUAUCUGGACCUCGGCCAGUCCAGUGGCCGGGAGAGUGUGGACGCUAACCAUUGUGGAAUUGGAAACGAGGUCCUUGCACAGCUCGCCAUCCGCGCGGCGAUGGAACAGGACGCCAGUCUCGCCCAGCAACUAUGUUCCUAUGAGACCGUCAUUAACGGCGCGGACGGAUCAAACGAGUGGUUGUACGGCCGGUCGGGAUACCUUUACUACUUGCGUCUCGCACGGUCUGGCUUCCAGGAGGGUUCAAAGGCGAGUGAACUAAUCGAGGCAACCAUCCGAAAGACCGUCCAGCGGAUCCUGACUUCGAAACAACCCUGGACAUGGCAUGGCAAGGCGUAUCUGGGCGCCGCUCACGGCACGUUCGGCAUCUUGUGCCAGCUACUCCUCUCCUCACCUUGGUGCGCGCAAACCGUGGAACAACUCCUCUCAUCACUCCUUGACGCCCAACUCCCCAGCGGGAAUUUCCCCGCCUCCCUACCUCCGGGAUCCGAUAAACUAGUGCAGUUCUGCCACGGCGGACCCGGUGCCGUACUGGCUCUGAGGUCUCUACGCCCACAUUUCCCCAAUCUGCAGGGCAAGAUCGACUCCGCCAUCAAAGCGGCGCAGAAGGACACCUGGGAGAGAGGAUUGCUCACCAAGCAGCCCAGCCUGUGUCAUGGCAUUGCUGGCAAUGCGUUGGCCUUGGACGACGAUGCGGAGUUCCAGCAUUUCUUGACGUGCAUGUCCACCGAAGCCCUCGAAAGCGUCGGGUGGUUGAAGGAGGCUGGGCGGGACGACCAGUUCGUUGCUCUGUAUACGGGAGAAGCAGGGAGAGCGUGGGCUUGGGCCGUUGCGGACAAGGGAUUCGCUGAGAAGACUUGCAUUGGAUUCAACGAUCUGUAA